AUAGGAUACUAUAAUAAUAAUCAGCUUUCGGGUCGGACCCGAACCCAAAACUGCAAUGGCUGCGAAAGACGAGCUCGCCGAGUCUCUCAACGACCUCUUCGCCAGCGUCUCCACCAUGAUCCAAUCCGAGCUCCAGGGAACAACCAACCAGGUGGAGCUGUUAGAGAAGAUGAAUCUGAGAGUGGCCGAGGAAUACAAAGGCUACGGCGACGUGGCCGCCGGUCUCAGCGUCUUCGUGGAGCAGCUCAAGUCCAAAAGCGGCAGCUUCGACGAGUAUGUCAAGCAGAUUGAUGUCAUCGACCAGCAGGUCACCGAGUUCGAAGCUACGGUUUCAGUGCUCGAUCGAUAUGUGGCCAUGUUAGAGUCCAAAGUUCAAUCUGUUUACCACAGUCCGUCUUCUUCCUAGUUCCAAUUAUUCACAGUUGUUGUUCAGUGUCUUUGAAACUUAUGUUCUGUUUCCGAGUACUAUGUUCAUCUUCAAUCAAAUAUAGUGUUGUUCGAUCAAACUUGAACGAUGCUUGAGCUUUUCGAGCUGUAUCAGAUUCAAUGCAUCAAUGGUUGACAUUCUGAA